GGAGUAUGGCAUCUGUGCGCAUACAGGAGGCGCUCGUGAUUAAUCUGUGCCGGUCUCCAGCUGUUGGCGUGGAGGAGCGCUGCUGUGAUUCACAGCUGUAGAUCUUCAGUUCUCUCCACGGUCAGGGAUGCUGACGGGUCAUGUCAAGAGAAGAGGCGAGUGGAACCUAAAUACUCCUGAACUUUUCUUCUCCUGGACAGAAUACUAAAAAAUCUGAAGACGUUUAAAAGAAGACCUUGCUGCUCGGUGCUCGUCUCCAUCCUUCUAUUAGAAACUGAUUAACUCACAGUAUUAAAUUGCUGUCGGCGGACAUUGGCGGGACAUCAUAAAAUGUUUCCAGAGAGAGGAAGCUUGACUUUUCUCACAGGGGUUUUGAUCGUGGCGUUAUCAUGUGAAGCUAGAGGUCCUCCAUGGGUGAGUCGUCAGGUAGAGGACAGACAGACAGCAAAACUGGGCCGCACGGUUCGACUUCCAUGCCCGGUGGAGGGUGACCCCCCUCCGCUGGUCCUGUGGGUGAAGGAUGGGCGGAACGUGAAUCCAGGCUGGAGCCGCUACAAGGUUCUGAAGCAGAGUCUGAAGAUCAAAGAAGUGGAACUGGAGGAUGCCGGCGUGUACAUCUGCCGCGUCACCAAUGGAUUUGGCAGCCUCGCCCUCAACUUCACACUCAUUGUAAUUGAUGAUGCAGCUGUGACUCAGAACCAGCCUCCACCAGACGCAGCAGAACCUAACGCAGAUCUUACCCUGCAGGACCCUACCGGAGAGCCAUGGGUGAAGCCACGCUUCACUCAGCCCACAAAGAUGCGCAGGCGUGUGCUAGAGCAGCCUGUCGGCAGCUCGGUGCGUCUCAAAUGUCUGGCCAGUGGCAAUCCAACACCGGUCAUUACAUGGUGGAAGGACCAGAGCCAACUGCCCAGCCCUCACCAGAGUAAACGACCACAGUGGACACUGACUCUGAAAAACCUGCAGCCUCAGGACAGUGCCAAAUACACCUGUCAUGUCUCCAAUGCAGCUGGCCAUAUCAAUGCCACCUACAAAGUGGAUGUAAUUGAGCGUACCAACUCCAAGCCCAUUCUGACAGGUACCCAUCCUGUUAACACGACUGUGGAGUUUGGUGGAACAGCUUCCUUCCAAUGUAAAGUCCACAGUGAUGUGAAGCCUGUGAUUCAGUGGCUGAAGAGAGUCGACCCAGGCACAGAGGGGCGUUAUAACUCAACGCUGGAGGUAGGAGGCCAGCACUUCGUGGUGCUGCCCACUGGGGACGUGUGGUCCAGACCCGACGGUUCCUACCUCAACAAGCUGGCCAUCGUCAAGGCACGCGAUGAGGAUGCUGGAAUGUACAUCUGUCUAGGAGCGAAUACCAUGGGCUACAGCUUUCGCAGCGCCUACCUCACUGUUCUCUCAGAUCCCAAGGUGGAUAAGGACAUCGUUCCCCGCCACAUCAGCCCCGGUCUUCCCUGGCCACUGAUCAUUGGGAUCCCAGCUGCUGCCCUGCUCAUCGUAGGAGCCAUCGUGCUCUGGUUGUGCCACAGCCGCAGACGCCAGAGCGUUUUGCCUCCUCGGCCAACAACCUAUCGAGACCACCACAUUCCAGACAAGGAGCCCAGCACGGCCAGCGGCAUCAACCCUGACCUGCCCAACCAGAGACUAAUGGGAAUGGGGCCCCCAGCUCUCAGCGGUCCGCCAAAGAUUUAUACCAAGGUCUACACAGACAUGCACACUCACACCCACACACACUCCCAUGCACACAUGGAGGGAAAAGUACACCAGCAUUUCCAUUACCAGUGUUAACAGGUUACCAUCAGGUAACCCAUGCUGCUGCCUCUGUUCUCAUGAGCUAAGGGCCACCACUCGAGGACCACAACCAUACUGUUCUGACGGAGCCCAUUUACCUUGAAAUGUCUCAGGUCAAGGAAAAUGUCUCACACUCAGUAAAGCUGCAGUGGACCUCAGUUUUCCUUUAGGUUCUGCGGAGUUCCAAAUCAAAUAACACUGAAUCAAAGCAACCCGAGCAAGUGCUAACAAUCCAAGAACAAUACUUGGACCUUUUUGCUAUCCAAAAGCCAAGCAUUACACAGGAAGUAGAGUGGAGAUAUUUUAUAUUUGGAGAAACUGUGAUGAUCUGUGUUAAGCAUACUGGUGGCACUGUUUACAAUGUGUUCUGUCAGUAAAUUAGCAAAGAUCUGGUGUUUUUUUUUCUUUCCCUUUUUCAUGUUUUUGUUUUUUAUAUUGUGAAGAAAUUAUGCAAGGAAAUGUCAGGGAAAAUAGAUGGAUGACUAAAUGGAAAGGGGGUAAGGGCUUCUGUUGUAUUACCAUUAAAAGGUACUUUGUGUGUAUGUAUUCAGCUCAGCUUUCUGAUGAUUGCAGUAUUACAUAACGUACGAUCUCUCUUGGUCAAUUCAGUCUCACUGUUUGCUAAUUACAGUCGAGGAAGCUAUUUUACUUCAUUUCAACUUUCAGAUGAGCUGUAAACAUAGCCUUGCUGUUUGAUGAUAAUAUAUUUUAGGACUCCACCAAAAGCUAGUCAGCAGGGUCUGUAGAAAUCCCUUGUGAGCCGAUAUACAAAUCUCUUUAAAAUCUAUAAAUGUGACGACAUGUUUAUCUGAGAUACUGCAUGCUGCGAUUUUACUUUGGUGCUCAUGUAAGUGUAUUUUAAUGAUAUUUUUGUAAGAAAUAAAUAACUCUUAUUUUCCCCCAUGCGUUUACAGUUUGACCCCUACAAGCUUGUGUAUUUUGUGUGGGAAUUGAGCGUUGGAUGCCACCGCAGUGGCUGUUGACUCUCCUCACCCUCCCUAACACGGCCUCAGACCACUGUUAGUUCAACAGGCUGAGGAAUGCAAUGAGAAAAUCAAGUUAUUCUUUUCGACACCAGGAAAGGAGGGAAAUAUUCCCAGCAGGAUUUGAUGGGUAUUAAUAUUCGGAUAGGGUUACAAAGAGGGGGCUACAGUUCUUAAGGCUGUUUCCUCUGUGCUCCCUGUGGAUGACAAAGGCAAGAAAAACUCUCCAGCAGCACCAAAUGCCCCAGAGGUGAGCGCUGACUGAGCACUGGACAUUUGAACUUUUACAAGGAAAAAGAGAAGGGGUUAGACUGUUUAAAUGUAAUGAAUCAAUUGCGUGAAUUGAGGGACUGUCAGUACCUGCCAAAACAAUUGUGGGGUAAUAUAGAUAAGAAAGGGCUAGGCUGCCAUCUAGAGGCCAUAAUUAGUGUUCCCACACAAUAUGCAAUAAUAGUUCCUUGUAGUACUGUUAAUACUUCACCAAAAAUGUUUUAUAAAACAGUCUCUAAACUCAAACUUAAAUCAAGUAAAUUUCAAAUUGACAUGUAAAGCUAUAGGCAUCUUUAAUGUGAUAAUCACAAUGUUAACUAAAGAUGAUUACUCAAAAAUUCUCUCAGUUCAUUGGUCUUCCAAGUGUGUGUGUGUGUGUGUGUGUGUGUGUGUGUGUGUGUGUGUGUGUGUGGCAAUAUCUUGCAUGUUUUCAAGCUUUUCAUCUUGAAAGCAUGCAACAGGAACAGUUGAUAAUAUCUGAAUAUAGUGGGUAAAAUUAUGCUGUUUUUGUCAGUGGUUUUGCAACCACACCACAAUAGUUUGUCUAUACUGUAAAAAUAAAGGGCUAAUAAAAUGCUUUACAUUGCAUUUAAAGAGAGACUAGCAUUUUUUAUUGUCUCAAGUGCUUCUUUAAAUUGACUUAAAAAUAUACUUAUUUAAUGGUAAUUGCAUUUCAGACAGGAUUACUAGAAAAAAAUACUUUUUAAGUUAAAAGUAUUGAUUUGCAUCAUACACUACUAGCCAAUGUUAGUAUAAGAAUAAACAGAAAACAUCGGAGACGGGAAUGAGAAUUUCUCAUUCUAGAAUCUAUAUUGAGUCUUACAGUUUCUAUUUAUAUGGUGUUUUUGUAUUUGUGGUCUUUUUGUGCUGUGCUGCAUGGUUUUGACCAUGCAGCAGAUGCAUAUCAUACAUUUGUACAUCUA